AAGGAAAUUGCGUUCCACCAAUCUGGAAGAAUCUCGUUUAGCCUGGCAAGAUAGUCUUAAAACAUAUAGGAAAGCCCUCCGUAAUGCCAGAGCAGCCUACUCCUCAUCAUUAAUAGAGGUAAAUAACAACCUGAUUGUCUACGCUUAGUCUAAGGAACAGGCUGAGGAGCUUGGAGUAGAACUGCUGCUCCUUUGCGUUGAGGUGAUUCGGGCAUCUGAUCAGGAUGCCUCCUGGACACCCCCCUUUAUUCCAGGCACAUCCAACUGGUAGGAGACCACAGGACAGACCAAGAACACACUGGAGAGACUAUAAAUCUCACCUUGGGCCCUAGAAUGCCUUGGGUUUGCCAGAGGGAGCUGGAGGAAGUAGUUAGGGACAAGGGCGUUAGGGCUACUUAACUUAGCCUUAACCACAAUAACCGCAUUACUACCAUGAUAAAUGAUAUAAAAAAUUGAAUGGAUUAGAAAUAAAAGACAAGUGCUUUCUACUGAACAUAGGUCCACUUUUCAACUACACUGAUCCUUGGUCAUCCUAAUAAAACUUUGUGCAAACACUUGUCAUGAUCACAUGCUCAUGUGACUACUCUAAACUAGAUCCUUUAUAAUUUCUUAUGCAUCCUCCUGAUGAGCGUGUCCUACGAUAUGGUUGGUUGAGAUUAUGUUUGUGUUAAGGGAAGGUACAUCUGGGCUUUUAGGCAAAGAUGAAUGUUGUUGAGUUGAGGUAUUGAAUGUUGUUGAGUUGAGGUAUUUUGCUUUCAAAUAUUAUAAUAUAUUCAAUUUAUUAUUCAAAUACUAUUCCAGCUUCAUUCUGUCAGUUAUGCAUGAGUAAGGCCCUGUCCAGAUGGAGAUAAAAGGUGAACCCCCCCCCCCCAGGAUUCAGCUCAGGACAUUGUAACUUGUCAUUUGUUUCAGCUGCUUAUGGAAAUGAAAGAUCUGUUUCAUGCUAAUUUCACUUAUUUGGGUAUGGUUUCCAUUGCAUAUGAAAAUUAACACCUAAUAUAAAUAGCUGGCAUCAACAGCCAUUAGUCCAGAUAGUAGCCUACUCAUCGAGACUGCAGUAUAGCUGCUUCCUUGCAACUCUUGUCGAAACUGUCAAUAACAUUCCUAAUGGCAACGAAGAAAGCUGUCAGCUCAUGGACACUGAAUGUAACCCUACUGAGAGCAGAAAACAUCCUCUCUCCAGAUUAUUGGUCGGAAGCAGACUGCUAUGUUACUGUAUGUCUUCCCUCCACAUCUACAAAAGUCUACAGGACAAAAGUUGUGGCAGACAGCAAAAACCCAGAGUGGAAUGAAACUUUUACUUUCAAGGUCAAUGGCAAGCUCAAGAACACUCUUGAGAUACACCUGUAUGACAAGGACACCCUGAAGUAUGACAACCUGAUCUCCAACCUAAAGUUUGAUAUCAGCAGCCUGACUGUGGGAAAGAAGGAAACCAAGGAAUUCAUCGUAGACCCUGAGGGUAAACUCUGGAUAGCUUUUGAGCUGCUGGAAAGUGAGAAGAAAGUUGUUCACCUCAAACAUGCCCCCUUGGUGAAGGAAGCUGUCUCCUACUGGAUCUUGAAUGUCACCAUACUGAGAGCAAAACAAUGUCACUCCAAAGAUUACUGGUCUGAAUCUGACUGCUAUGUCAUUCUCUCUCUCCCCACGGCAACGGCAAGAACCUACCGCACAAAAACUGUGUCAAACAGUAACAACCCAGAAUGGAAUGAACUUUUUACCUUCAGGGUCCCUACCCAUGUUAAAAGCAUUUUAGAGAUCAAGAUGUAUGAUGAGGACACCAUGGCGCGGGAUGACCUAAUUUCCACACUUCUGUUUGACAUCAGCAACCUCACAAUAGGGAAGAAGGAGACCAAGGUCUUCACCAUAAACCCUGAGACAGAGGACAAACUUCUAAUAGAGUUUGAGCUACUUCAGAGUGAGGACCCCCCUUGUGAAUAUCUCACUAAUGGCAUCCUCGUGGCUUCCCCAUUCACUGCACUGGAUAUCGACGUUGACAAGCUACUAAGCAAUAGCUGUGUUAGAGACAAGGUGCUGAAACUGAGGGGUGCCUAUGAGGAGAAUCAAACUCUUAAUGCAAAGGAAACCCCAAAACUGCGUUUCUACAUCAACAGGGACUUGGAGACAGAACUAGGAGUGGCACCCUCUGAUGAUACAUUUGCCUCUGUUGCGGCAAUGGAAACUUCUAUAAAUCUCCAGCCACUACCAGCCAAACAUGCAGGCAAAGUGUCCCUUGUUAUUGAUCAGGACACAGUGGAUUUAGAUGUGGAAACACAUGAAGGUGAGGAGCAGCAUUUUGCAGUGCGGCUGGACUUUGACAUUGCACCUCAAGAGAAAGAGUAUCUGAAGAAGAGGAAAGUUGUAGUGGCACAGGCUUUGCAGAAGCUUUUAGGCCUCGGCUCUCAACCUGAUCCUAAAAAGGUGCCAACAAUAGCACUGGUGGCUUCAGGGGGAGGGGCCAGAGCAAUGACAGGACUGCUUGGUAGUCUGAGGGGCCUGAAGGAUAUAGGGGUCCUGGAUACUGUCAGUUACAUCACUGGUGUUUCUGGAUCCACAUGGGCUAUGUCUACUCUGUAUCAGGAAGCUAACUGGUCACAGAAGGACAUGGACAGCAUCAUCUCAGCAGCGAAGAAACAGAUGACCAAGAGCACCCUGAGUGCCUUCUCUCCUGAGAAACUGCAAUAUUACAGUGAAGAAAUGGCAGAGAAAGGGAACGAGGGUUACAUUGUGUCACUCAUUGAUAUGGCUGGCCUGAUCCUUGAGCAUCUUGUCUUUGGGAAAAAAGUCACCAGUCCCCUGUCUGAGCAGCAGAGAGCAGUGAAUGAAGGCCAAAACCCUUUCCCCAUAUACACUGCUGUCAAUAUGAAGGAUGGGGUAAAGGGCUGUGUAUCGGAAGCUGAGUGGUGUGAGUUCACCCCCUAUGAAGUAGGCAUCCAGAAGUACGGGGCAUUUGUCCGAACUGAGGACUUCGGUAGUGAGUUCUUCCUUGGUCAUAUCAUCAAGAAACUCCCAGAAGUCCGCAUCCCCUAUCUAAUGGGAAUAUGGAGCAGUGCCUUUUCUAUCAACCUGACCCAGCUGUGGACGCAUGCUACUGGGUCUCAGCCUUCUUGGACCCCCUGGCUUGGACCAGAUGUCAACAACAUAGAGGUUGACACUGAACCAUCAACUCUGGACACAUACCUCAUAAAUCCAAUCACCGAUAUCACCAGCAUAAUGACUAAUUUCUUCAAAAAUCGUCCAGUCAUUGCUGAAAUGUACAAUUUCAUGCGUGGUUUCUUCCUACAUAGGAACUACAAUAAACACAGCAACUUUGUUGCCUGGAAAGACACACAUCCAGAUGCUUUCCCAAACCAACUGACACCCAGUGACUCCACUCUGUGCCUGGUUGAUUCUGGUCAUGCCAUCAAUAUUGGCUGUGUACCUGUCCUGCGGCCAGAGAGAGAUGUGGAUGUCAUCAUAUCUCUGAGUUACUCAUGGGACCCAGGGAACAUCCUCAAGGUCGUAGAGAAGACAGCUGCUUACUGUAAAGACCAUGACAUCCCCUUUCCCAAUGCUGAUUUUGCCAGUCUGGAAAAGGAGCCUCAGAAGGAGGUCUACAUCUUUGAGGAUAAGGAGAAUCUCAAGGCCCCGAUAGUGGUUCAUUUCCCACUUGUCAAUGCCACAUUCAAACACUUCAAACGCCCUGGCGUAAAGCGUGAGACUGAGGAAGAAAUAAAAGCUGGGGAAAUAGAUGUGAGCAGCAGCAACUCUCCAUACACCACCAAGAACAUGACCUACUCAAAAGAGGAUUAUGAGGCUCUGGUGGAGUUGACCUCUUAUAACAUGAUAAACAACAAGGAGAGCAUCCUUGAAGUCUUGCGCAAGACCCUGGAGAGGAAGGCAUCAAAGAUUAAUUAGGCCUCUUUUUCUACAACUAGUUUCUUAAUGUUGCCUUGAAAAGUCAUUUAUAGUAAUUGCCACACCGCUAUUAAAGCUGACAUAUACAGUAGCUACUGUAAUUGGUAUUUAGUCUAAUAUAACUCUCUUGUGUAGGACAUAUUUGCUUAGCAAUGCUAUAAACUAUUGUCUCAAAAAUAAGCAUUAGUAAGUUUUACAGUCUCAAUGUAGAACAUAAUAAGCUUCACCAACCAAGUUAAAUUGUUAUGUCUGUCCAUCAGACUUACACGAGUUACACAACUCAUCUCCAAUAUACCAUCCUUUAAACCCUUUUUAUCAUUAUUAUUAUUUUAUCUAUCACAAUGAUAGAAAACACAAUUUUAAUUAAUCUGCAGAAAGUGAACAACUAAGCAAAUUUUACAUGCAUGCAAACAUACAUAAACAUCAACCCAACUGUGUAUACAUUUUACUGUACAUGCAUUUCUUUUUUGCAGUAUUAAAUCAUCAUAGAAACAUUACAUUACAUUUUUAAUCAGCAGAAGCAGAAAAAAGCUCACUGCUGUAUCAUAAUUUACAAUGCAACAUUACAAAAAAGAAACUUAAUGAAUGUGUAUAAUAAAUGAAGCAUGAAGUCUGCACGCUAGUUCAGGCGGUUAACUCAAGUGCGCUGCUGCACUCACACAACACAUACUCUACUCCCUGCAACACACAUCCAAUGCACCCUUUGCAACAGGGCAGAGUAUUUAAGCCGUGUAUGCUCUGCUCACUAUAUUGCUCUGCCAUGCCCGCUGUACCUGCUGCAAUCACUUCAUGUAUCAUUCAUAAACAAGCUCCCCUGCAGAAGUCUUAUUAUAUUGCUUCAGUUCAGCUUUGUUAAGGAAAUUGUCCAUGUUUGUGCUGUGGGCAUCGCUACUGCCGCUCCUCGUAAGCCUUUUAUCAUAUCAGCUGUGAGCCACAAACAGAGAAGCUGCAGAUCUCUGGUCUAUGUGAAUUUACUUCACUUUCACUUUCCACAGAGGUGCCAUGGAUUAGUGCUUUGUUUCACCAGGAUAACUAUAUACUUUUUAUGCUCAUACACAUAUUGUGGGUAGAUGUCUUGGCAAUGUUUAGAAAGCCACUGUGUGCUAAGCAAAUCUGUCAGUUGGAUUACCCUGCUGUAGAUCGCAUAAAUAAAAACAAUGCUGUUUUCUUCCUGUGUACUCCAUGUGGAGCUUACUUUUGUCAGUGUGGAUUGAACUGAUCCACACUGAGCUUACAUCUACACUGGAUGUGCAGAAAUGAAUAAAACAGCAAACAAUA